CUUGGUAUUGUUAGUGUUCGUACCGAGGUACCCAGGUACCUGGACAAGCUGGAGAAGGUGCCCACUGCCCAGGCUGGGGUACGUACCACCGUGCACGGGCCUUCAAUUUUCUUCGCCCGGCGAAGCUCCCUCUGGCAGGGGGGCAACUGGCCGGCCGUCCUCAACGUCAAGCGCUCAAGAGCAUGGGUCAGGUCAAGCUACCUUCAUCACAUCCGAUGCCCACGCCCGCCUGCAACUUUGUGACGCCACACGUUAUCCCCGGGGACACCAACUGACCUGCCUCUCUCAUCAAUCCUCAUCCGCCGCCGCCGCCCGCAACUAUGGCCGACGCAGGAGACGAGCCCGCCAACGUCUCGGAGCCUCUCGACCUGGUCCGCCUCCUGCUCGACGAGGUCGUCUUUGUCAAGCUCAGGGGCGAUCGCGAGCUCAAGGGACGGCUCCACGCCUACGACAGCCACUGCAACCUGGUGCUCGGCGAUGUCGAAGAGACUGUCUACGUGGUUGACGACGAGGCAGAGGACGAUGAUGUCAAGACCGUCAGCAAAAAGUCGGAAAUGCUCUUCGUCCGAGGCGACAGCGUCGUCUUAAUAUCGCCCCUGACCCAGUCAUGAUCAACGCUCAAGGACGGCUCUCACCGGUCACCGAGGCGCACAGUUGACAUAAAGCCCUGUCUGCCUCUGGAAUCCAGAGCACUGUGUGUUGGAUCUGUCUCUGUGGCCACAAGAGUUCUCGGACUCGCAGGGACCACUGCGAAAGCCCUUUACUGACCGAGGCCUGCACGGCCAAGACAACGCCGUCGUGCCGUCGCAGAUCCCGAUUACGCAGUGGGGAGGAAUCGCGAGAAACGUCUUGACACCCCAAAGGAGGGUGCAGACCGUGUUCGGUGGGGCGCUGGUGGGAAAAACUCUCAGCCAUCGACGAGCGGGCUGGAUGAAAUUCGGCAUAUUUACACAACAGCACAUGCAGACAAUGAGAUACCAUAUUCGGGACGCACAUGUUCCAUAUUCA